CAAGCAGCAGGAGCUCAUCAUUCAUCCCAAUAUCUAUUGCAUCUGCAAGAGCGAUCGAGAGAGAAAAACAAGAUCUAUCUAUAGCAGCUAGCUAGCUAGCACAAGAACGAUAUGCCGGUCUUCACUGCAUCAUUCCAGUGUGUCACCUUGUUUGGGCAGCCAGCAUCGGCGGCCGACGCCCAGCCAUUGCUGCAAGGGCAACGGCCGUUCCUACACCUUCACGCUCGCCGCCGUCGACCAUGCGGGCCCAUGCUAAUAAGCAAAUCACCGCCGUACCCGGCCUCGGAAGAAACACGCGAAUGGGAAGCAGAUGGACAACAUGAACACACGGAUGAACUAAGAGAGACGACGACAACCAUGAUCGAUGGCAUCAGGACAGCACUGAGAUCAAUCGGAGAGGGAGAGAUUAGCAUCUCAGCCUAUGACACUUCGUUGGUUGCCCUUCUGAAGAGGCUAGAUGGGGGUGAUGGUCCUCAGUUCCCAUCAACCAUCGACUGGAUCGUUCAGAAUCAGCUACCGGAUGGUUCAUGGGGUGAUGCCUCCUUCUUCAUGAUGGGAGACCGGAUCAUGAGCACCCUCGCUUGUGUUGUAGCGUUGAAGUCAUGGAACAUCCACACCGAUAAAUGCGAGAGAGGUUUGUUGUUUAUCCAAGAAAAUAUGUGGAGGUUGGCCCAUGAGGAAGAAGACUGGAUGCUAGUUGGAUUUGAGAUUGCCUUGCCCUCGCUCCUAGACAUGGCUAAGGACCUGGAUCUUGACAUCCCUUACGAUGAGCCAGCCUUGAAAGCAAUAUAUGCCGAGAGAGAAAGGAAGCUUGCCAAGAUUCCAAGAGACGUGCUACACUCUAUGCCAACAACUUUACUUCAUAGCCUUGAGGGAAUGGUUGACUUGGACUGGGAAAAGCUCCUCAAGCUCCGGUGUCUCGAUGGGUCCUUCCAUUGCUCCCCUGCUUCGACGGCUACUGCUUUCCAGCAAACAGGAGACCAGAAAUGCUUUGAAUACCUCGAUGGAAUCGUCAAAAAGUUCAAUGGAGGAGUUCCCUGUAUCUACCCUUUGGAUGUGUACGAACGCUUAUGGGCCGUCGAUAGGCUGACGAGGCUGGGCAUAUCAAGGCACUUCACAAGUGAAAUUGAGGAUUGCUUAGACUACAUUUUCAGGAACUGGACUCCAGAUGGAUUAGCUCACACAAAGAACUGCCCGGUAAAGGAUAUCGAUGACACGGCCAUGGGUUUCCGUCUCCUCCGACUUUACGGAUACCAAGUCGACCCAUGUGUGUUGAAGAAGUUCGAAAAGGAUGGCAAGUUCUUCUGCUUGCACGGGGAGUCCAACCCAUCCUCUGUCACCCCAAUGUACAACACUUACCGGGCCUCCCAGCUCAAAUUUCCUGGCGAUGACGGUGUCCUUGGGCGAGCUGAGGUGUUUUGCCGCUCAUUCCUCCAAGACAGGAGAGGCUCAAACAGAAUGAAGGACAAGUGGGCCAUCGCCAAGGAUAUCCCAGGCGAGGUUGAGUAUGCUAUGGACUACCCAUGGAAAGCAAGUUUACCGCGUAUUGAAACAAGGUUGUACUUGGAUCAAUAUGGAGGUAGUGGCGAUGUAUGGAUUGGGAAGGUCCUGCACAGGAUGACUCUUUUCUGCAACGACCUGUACCUCAAGGCAGCUAAAGCUGACUUCAGUAAUUUCCAGAAAGAAUGCCGAGUUGAGUUGAAUGGCCUUAGAAGGUGGUACUUGAGGAGUAAUCUGGAGAAGUUUGGAGGGACUGAUCCACAGACUACACUGAUGACAUCCUACUUCUUAGCUUCAGCCAACAUCUUCGAGGCAAACCGAGCAGCGGAACGUCUUGGAUGGGCUCGCGUAGCGUUGCUUGCCGAUGCCGUCUCCUCUCACUUCAGGAGAAUCGGGGGACCAAAAAAUUCGACCAGCAAUCUUGAAGAGCUUAUCAGCCUUGUUCCUUUUGACGACGCUUAUUCUGGCAGUCUUCGUGAAGCUUGGAAGCAGUGGUUGAUGGCAUGGACUGCAAAGGAGAGCAGCCAGGAGUCAAUUGAAGGGGACACGGCAAUAUUGUUGGUUCGUGCCAUCGAGAUUUUUGGAGGACGGCAUGUUUUGACCGGGCAAAGACCGGACCUUUGGGAGUAUUCCCAGCUCGAGCAGCUCACCUCCUCCAUCUGCUGCAAACUUUCCAGGAGGGUUCUUGCCCAGGAGAAUGGGGAAAGUACGGAGAAAGUUGAGGAGAUAGACCAGCAAGUGGAUUUGGAGAUGCAGGAAUUGACUCGGCGCGUUCUACAGGGCUGCAGCGCUAUUAACAGACUAACCCGGGAGACGUUUCUCCAUGUGGUGAAGAGCUUCUGCUAUGUCGCCUACUGCUCACCUGAGACAAUUGAUAGCCACAUCGACAAGGUCAUAUUCCAAGAUGUGAUUUAGGAACAAAUUACCCCGACUCAUCUACACUCCUUAUAAAAGAGAGUAGUGGUGGUGUUGGUUCUGCCACCCCCACCUCCACUACCAAUUCCCGACCUUUAUAGAAUAAAGAUGUGUCUUUUGUAUUAAGUUUGUUGUGGUGUACCUCGUGUUUUUCCUGAGACGGGGUUUAAUUUCGUGGCGUUUCUGAAAGGUAAUUUCUGUGUAUGAUACUGAACGCCAACGAUAAGCCUCUGGGGUCUACUCUAUUCCUGACUCAAUUCAUCCUACUCCUCUUGAGCUAGAGUCGGCUAUUCCUGACGCUCUAGCGACUAAUGAUGGAAAUGGAACGGUGUGUGGCUAGGAAUCUACACAAAUUAAUGGAUUUAAAUUUCGGGAUUUUCAA